GGACCAGGCGCCCGCAUGCAGAAGAGGAUGGGUGAGGCAGUAGCCCGAGUAGCCAGGAAGGUGAAUGACACGGUGGAGAACAAAACGGAUUCCCUGGAUCUGGCCAACUGCAAACUGAUGACCUUCCCCAUCGGCAUCUACAAAGCCAUGAGAAGCGUCACUGAGGGGAUCCACUGCAUCUCCCUGGCAAACAACGAGCUGAAGUCCAUCACCAACCGAUUUGUCACCACCUUCAACCAGCUGAGAGAGCUCAACCUGGCAGGCAACUACCUGCACCGCCUGCCUGAGGAGAUCACCUCCCUGCUGCACCUCCGGGCCAUCAACCUCUCCCGCAACAGGUUUCGGCAUUUCCCUGAGGCCCUGGCCGCUGUCACUGCCCUGGAGACCAUCGACCUGGAAGAGAACGAGAUCACAGAGGUGCCAACGGAGAAGCUGGCCUCCAUGGCAUCGCUGCGGAGCCUCAACCUGCGGGCAAACCCUGUCGGCCCCGAGGUGCGGCUGCUUGUCCGGCCUCUUGUCCCCUUCGACCUGCUGCUGUCACCAGAGGAGCCCAUGCCCAAAGCCUGAGAGGGUCUUGAGAUGCCUGGGCAAGCUCUC